AUGGAGGGAGUCGCCAAGCCGUCCACGAGCUCGGGGUCGGGGUCGGGGGUCACGGAUAGGGCCUCCUCCGCCGCGGCCUCCACAGAGGAGAGGUUCGCCGAUCUGUGCAAGAGCAAGCUGGGACUGGACGAGAGCACAACGAGGCAGGCAAUGCAGCUUUUCAAGGAGACCAAGAACAUCCUCAAGUCCAGCGUGUCUUCCUUGGGCGGCGGAUCGCCCGAGGAGAUCGAAAGGUUCUGGUCUGCCUGUGUUCUUUACUGUGUGUCAAGGCUCAGCAAAGCGGGGAGGUCCAAGGAAGAUGGCAGUGUCUCACUUUGCCAGAUUUUGAGGGCAUCUAAGCUGAACAUUGUGGACUUUUUCAAGGAGAUGCCACAGUUCUGCUUAAAGGUUGCACACGUUCUGACUGGCCUAUAUGGUUCAGAUUGGGAAAAGAGGCUUGAGUUGAAGGAACUGCAAGCGAAUGUUGUCCAUUUAAGCUUGCUAAGCAGGCACUACAAGCGUGCAUACCAGGAGCUAUUCUCGUCAAAUGAUGGCAAGUGUUCAGACAAUUCUUCAGAAUCAAACAACCAAGAGGCUUCUGAUUAUUAUCGCUUUGGAUGGUUGCUCUUUUUAGUCCUAAGAAUCCAAACAUUCAGCAGAUUCAAGGAUCUUGUGACAUCCACAAACGAACUGGUUUCUGUGUUGGCUGUACUUAUCAUUCAUGUUCCUGUGCGGCUAAGGAACUUCGAUAUAAAGGAUUCAUCCUACUUUGGUAAGAAGUCAGAUAGGGGAGUCAGUCUUAUUGCUUCUCUGUGUGAAAAAUAUCAUACCUCAGAAGAUGAGUUGAGCAAAGCACUGGAGAAGACAAAUACUCUCAUAAUGGAUAUUCUGAAAAAGAAGCCAUGCCCAGCUACUUCAGCAUGCCAACAGGAUAACUUGUCUUUCAUUGAUCCAGAAGGUUUGACAGUUUUUAAGGAUUUGCUUCAGGGAGACUCAUUGAAAUCAAGUCUGCUAAUCCUGGAAAAAGAAUAUGAAAAUGCAAUUAACACAAAAGGCGAGCUAGAUGAGCGCAUGUUUGCUAAUGAUGAGGACAGUUUACUUGGCAGUGGAAGCCUUUCAGGUGGAGCCAUUAAUUUACCAGGCACAAAGAGAAAGUAUGAUGUUAUGGCCUCACCUGCAAAAUCAAUAUCAAGCCCAAAUCCAAUGUCUCCUCCACGUUUUUGUCUAUCUCCUAAAGGAAACAGCUUUUGCAACUCAAAGAUGGCUCCUAUCACUCCAGUGAGCACAGCCAUGACAACUGCCAAGUGGCUUCGGGAGUACAGUAUCUCCCCUUCCAUCAAAACCUUCUGGGGAACUAUUGCGCUUCUUCUCAGCAUGGCAGAGUCACAGAUCUUGAGUGGGAACAAUCUUACAUCACUUUUGUCUAAUGAACGUUUCCAUCGGUGUAUGAUAGCAUGUUCUGCAGAGUUAGUUCUUGCAACUCACAAGACUGUCACUAUGAUGUUCCCAGCUGUGUUGGAGAAGACUGGCAUUACAGCCUUUGACUUGAGUAAAGUCAUAGAGGGUUUUGUUCGGCAUGAAGAUACACUCCCAAGAGAGUUGAAGCGCCAUCUGAAUUCUCUUGAGGAACGGCUGCUAGAAAGCAUGGCAUGGGAGAAAGGGUCAUCAAUGUACAAUUCCUUAAUUGUUGCUAGGCCGGCACUGUCUGUAGAAAUAAACCGGUUAGGUUUACUGGCUGAACCAAUGCCAUCACUUGAUGCAAUUGCAGCACAUCAUAAUAUCUCAUUGGGUGGCCUGCCGCCUCUUCCCUUCCAAAAACAGGACCGUUUGCAAGAUAAAGAUGAAGUCAGGUCUCCCAAAAGGGCAUGCACUGAGAGGAGAAAUGUGCUGGUGGACAGCAAUUCAUUUCGAUCACCAGUGAAGGACAUUAUUAAAUCAAAGUUACCACCUCCUCUUCAAUCAGCUUUUGCAAGUCCAACAAGACCGAAUCCUGCAGCAGGAGGUGAAACAUGCGCAGAGACAGGAAUAGGUGUGUUCUUUAGCAAGAUAGCAAAACUCGCAGCCAUUAGAAUCAGAAGUCUCUGUGAAAGACUGCAACUUUCUCAGCAAGUUCUGGAGCGAGUAUAUUCCCUUGUCCAGCAAAUACUUAGCCAACAGACUGGUCUUUUCUUCAACAGACACAUUGAUCAGAUCAUACUAUGCAGCAUAUAUGGAGUUGCCAAGAUCUCUCAACUGGAACUUUCAUUCAAGGAGAUUAUUUUCGGCUACAGGAAACAACCUCAAUGCAAGCCACAAGUUUUCCGAAGUGUUUAUGUUCAUUGGCCCCCAAGAAGCCGUAAUGGGAAAACAGGAGAAGAUCAUGUUGAUAUUAUCACUUUCUACAAUGAAGUAUUUAUUCCUGCUGUCAAGCCUUUGUUAGUGGAGGUAGGACCUGGUGCUAGUCCAACGAAGAAAGAAGAGGAAAAAGGUGCUGUUGAUGAUGGAUACUUUGCUCUCCCAAGCUCAAAGAGCUACUAUGCAUGUGUUGGCGAGAGUACCUAUGCAUUUCAAAGCCCCUCCAAGGACCUGAAGGCUAUCAAUAACCGCCUAAAUAGUGGGAAGAAAGUUAGCGGACGACUUAACUUUGAUGUUGUCAGCGAUCUGGUCGUCGCCAGUAGCCUCAGCAGCGAUCAAAAUGCCAAGCCUGCAGCCACGGAAGUGGUUCCCAUCAAGACACCGGAGACGACCCCUGUUGCGGUGCCUGAGCGCCACAGUGCGAGGUUGGCGGCCAAGGCUUCUGCAAACUUCACUGAUGACUGCAAAAGCUUCUCAGCGCAAGGCUGUGCUCAAUCCCUGUCUGGCUGUUCGGCUUCUCUGAAGAAGCAGGUCAACAAAAGAUACAAUAGCGCUUCGGACUCCAGGGGAGGCAUCGUGGCCGCCUGGGACGACGCUGCUCUCUCAUGUGAGGCUCCCAUUCAGAGACGAUACUCCAUCACCACUUUCUUCUCUUCCAACUUCUCUGACCUACGUCUGGCUGUAACUAAUAUUUAUGCUCCCUCUGAUCACUGGGAUUCGCGGAUUUCUUAG